CAUUAAAAAUAUCCUACGAGCUACAGAUCCGAAACACAUAUAUUUUCUGGUCAGGUCUAAGAAAAACGAGGAUGUCAAGACGCGCGUUGCAAAAUGGAUGAGCCAGCCGAUUUUCGAGGAACUACUAAGGACAAAACCAAGGGCCUUGGAGCUGAUGACACCCAUAGCAGGGGAUUGUCUGGAGCCGGACCUAGGCAUUAGUGAUGCGGAUCGUAAGCUACUGGCAAAAGAGGUGCAGAUUGUUAUUCACGGAGCAGCCACCGUCCGCUUCAACGAGCCCAUGCAUACGGCACUU